AAAACAACAGGCCACAAUACAGAGUUUGUGAUUCGAAUUUGAUGAAUAUAUAUUAUUAUUCCACUUGUGUGUUUGUUUUAGUUAGCAUACGAAGCAAAUGAGGAAGAGCGAGAAUAAGAUAUGAAAUAUACGAAACGAAUGUAGAAAGUGUGUGUCUGCCACGUAAAAUUAUUCAUUGCUUUAAAAAACACUCUCAAUAUAUUUCUUCUGUAGGAAAUAGGCUGUACAAACUUUGAUUGUCAAUUGUGUUGUGUGUUUUGUAGAAUAUUUUUGGUGUUGUUACUUAAUUUUAAUCCAAGUUGCGCCAAUCUAAUUGAAGAAAAAAGCAGAUUAUUCUUGCUACGAGAAACGUUUGGUGUUGUCGGCAUUGUUUUCAUCUGGCAAAAAUAGCUAAGAUUUUUUUUUUAUUGUGUCGUCAUUAAAGUUGUGACAAUUUAUAAGUUUCCACCAAAAAUACUUGGACCAAUAAAUAAUGGGUGCAGGAAGCAGUGUUGAAGUUCCGGGCGGUGGUAGCGAAGGAUAUCAUGUUUUACGUGUGCAAAGCGGUUCGCCAGCUGAAAUUGUGGGAUUAGAAGCGUUUUUCGAUUUUAUAAUUGCAAUUGAAAAUAUUCGUUUGGAUCAAGACAAUGACACACUUAAAGAAUUGCUUAAGAAAAACGUAAACAAACCUAUUAAAGUGACUGUAUACAGUAGUAAAACCCAAAUCGUGCGUGAGGUAUCGCUGACACCAAGUGAUGCAUGGGGUGGUCAAGGAUUGUUGGGCGUAUCGAUUCGAUUUUGUUCGUUUGAAGGUGCAAAUGAAAAUGUGUGGCAUAUAUUAGAUGUGCACCCUUCGUCACCGGCUGAAGAGGCCGGUUUACGAUCAUUUACCGAUUACAUUAUUGGCGCCGAUUCCAUAUUACAUGAAAGCGAAGAUCUAUUCACAUUGAUCGAAACACACGAGCAACGACCAUUAAAACUUUAUGUAUACAAUACGGAUGAUGAUACGUGUCGUGAUGUUACAAUUAAACCGAAUUCUAAAUGGGGCGGUGAAGGUAGUUUAGGUUGUGGCAUUGGUUAUGGUUAUUUGCAUCGAAUACCGAUUCGUGUGUUGCCUGACGAAAAAACAACAGCAAAUGUAACAGCCGGUGCAGCAAAUAAACCAUUCUUGGGUACAGCACCGUCACCAAUUUCCGUUCCAUAUGUUCCACCAUUAGCCAAUACAUUUGCACCGCCUACUGGAAAAAGUGAUGCGGAAAUUGUGUUUGCUGGCGUUUCCAAUUUGAAUUUAAACAAUUCUGGAGCACCACUGACUUUAGGAAAUGAACAACAACAACAACAGCAGCAGCAGCAGCAGCAACAACAACAACAACAACAACAACAACAACAACAACAACAACAACAAAAACAGCAGCAGCAACAGCAGCAACCACAAUUGAAUGUAAUACCCACAUCAAACCCAAAUGAAAUGACAGCGGCCAUCGAAAAAUCUCAGCAAAAUCUGUCAACCAACUAUCAACACACACCGAUUUUUGCAUCUGUUCCACCAACUAGUAUUCCUAGCUUAAACGAAUCAUUCAAUAUUCCAACAUCAAUUAAUCCAAACAAUGUGCCAGCCCCAAUCUAUCAAUCGAGUCCAGUGCAAGCUGGGGCAAUACCAACAUUUAAUCAGUUCGCAAAUGUACCCCCACCACCAUCAUCGAUCGCCAAUUUACCCGGUUUGGAAACAGUUUUUGAACCAAGAGCAACACUAAGUCCACAGCAAUAUUCGCAAGAAUUACAGCAACAACAACAACAACAACAACAACAACAAUUUGUGUCUCAGUCAUAUGCGUCGUCAAAUGAGAAUAUAACGUUUUCGCAGAAUGCACCACCAUCUCUGCAAACAUACUCAUAUUCAUAUCCACAGGUACAGCAAGUGACAACGCCACUUGAAAUUUCAUUACCCGGAAUGCCUCCGAUAACCGUUAGCGCAACAAUUCCGUCGCAGCAAUUCUACAAUAUGGGCCAAAGUGUUGUGCCAACAUUGCCGCCAACAACAUCAACAACAUAGUAGAAACUCAGAAAAAAACGAUAUAGAACAAGCAGAGAAAACAUCUAUCUGACGAUGGCAUUUUGAUUUUGUUCCGCUUUUUGUUUAGUUAGUGUUGCAUAUAAUUUCUCUUAUUUUUUUCCCUCUUAAUAAAAACAGAAUUCUAAGCAACAAAA